AUGGCAUCCGAGCCGCGACCCGAUACGCUGGAAGAUCCAAUGCUGACACCCGACGUUUCUACGCGGCCAGGCGACGUCCACAAGGAAUCAAUUGAUGCGAAAGCCACCACCGCAGAUGACUCCCAAGCAUCCGACAACGAGGGAGGCGAACGCCCGGUCCGGAAUAAAUUAAGGGACACCUCUAUCACUUCGGCCCCCAAGCCACCCACCGCGACCGAACCCGCCGCCGAGAAAACGCAAGAAGGAAGCGAAAACAGUCGCGCUAGUAGCCGGGGUCGAAAGCGCUCACUCGACGAGGACCAGCCGGAAAUGGACGAGGACGAUGCCGGCCAUAGGCGGAAACGAUCACGCGACAACAGCUACGAGGAGGAAAAUGCCGCCUCAAAGGAAUCGGAACAGGCGCAAAACCCAGAGGACGCUGCGGAGAAAAUUCUGAGCCCGAAGAAGAAACGAAGCCGGGAUCAGCUCGACAAGGAGGAGCCAAAGCCCGAAGGCGCUGCGGAGAAAGCCGUUGAUGUCGCGGAGGAUAGCAAGCCGACGGAAAAGGUCGCGGAGGAUGGACAGCCGGAGAAGAAGCGACACCGCGAUAGCUCCCAGGAGAGACAGGCCGCGGUCACCAGCGCCUUCGCAAACACCUCUGCUGUUUCACCUUUCGGUUCCCUGGCAGCCUCAAAACCGAAGGAGGAGACUACUAAGCCCGCGACCACGUCAUCCUCCGCUUUUGCAUCUUCCACUUUUGCCGCCUUCGCCUCCUCCGAGAAAUCACCCUUCGGCGCGUCUGGAACUUCCGGGUCUGUUUUCAAGUCCCCUGCUCCCACGGAGACCGAGAAGCCAGCCACUACUGGAUCUGGAUUUGCAUCCACCGCGGGUCCUUCGGGAUUUGCAACUCUAGGCUCGGGAUUUUCAAGCUUUGCCAGUGGGUUCGGGGCUAGUGCCCCGAAGGGUGGCCUCACUAGCUUUGCUUCGCCUGCUGGUCCCAGCGACUUGGGUGGUUCGAGCAAGGACAGGCCGUUUGGGGCACCUGCAGAAGAGGAGGAGAACGAGGAGGAGGCGGGUGCUGAGAGCGGCCCCGGUGAAUUCGAGGAGGACAAGACCGACGAGAGAUUCUUUGAACGGCCGAUCGAGACCGGAGAGGAAGAGGAGAAGACAUACUUCUCAUGCAAGGCCAAGCUCUUCCAAUUCUCAGACAAAGAAUGGAAAGAACGCGGUAUUGGCACAUUCAAGGUCAAUGUCCGCAUUGUCAAUGGCCAGGAAAACAAGAAGGCCGCGCGCAUGAUCAUGCGUGCCGAUGGCGUUUUGCGGGUCAUGCUGAACACACCUCUCUUCAAGGGUAUGACCGUUGGUGACGCUUCAGGCAACGAACCCAAAUCCAAACAGAUUCAUCUGGCGAGCCUUGAGAGUGGCCGCUCGGUUCCCUGCCUGCUACGACCACGUGACCUCGCGUCUCUGUCGCCCCGCGAAAACAACCUCGCCUCCAUUUACCUGCAACCUGCUCUUCCCUCCCCACGCCCAGUCAGCUCACAAUGGAGCCUCAGUAUGGCCGACCAAGCAGCACAUAUCGGAAGCCGAGGGCCCACCACGAAAAGAAAAUGGGCGCCAGCUGAGACUGGUCCCGUCGCGCACGACCACGCGUCGACCCCGGCGUCCCAGCACAGCUAUUCUUCAGAGGACACGAAUGAGACCAAACGGCCCAGGAAAGCAACACCAGCUAGAAGCAAAUCAGACACAGAGUCAGCCGGCAAUGACAGUGACGCCCUGACACCACAAUCUUGCGAACAAGAACAGCAACAUGGGCAGAAGAAGCGAAAGCGCAACCCCAAGGGGACAGCAAAAGCGACCGCCCCAGCAAAGCGAACUCCGUCGGCGCCAUGGCCAGAACUUUUCAAGCGCCUCUCACGAACCCAUCGCGCCCUGAACCUCGUGUACACGUUCUGCUGCACGCGGAAGCAUUUUGCUACUACGUUCGAGAAUAUCCGGAAGGCGGUGCAGGCGCAGACGGGACAGCAGCUGGCGGUUGAGGAGAUUGCGCGUGUGCGUGUACUCGUGCCCCGUGCUAUCCGGUUCGAGUACGUCGAUGAGGCCAAGUUGGAGGUUAUGACUGUUGGCGAGAAGGAGGCCGUGGAGACGUACGGCCGCCGCGGGUUGCACGGGGACGUCGACGAGCGUGGAGAUGAGGAUGGCGAGGGUGAUGCAGCUUCGGAGGCCAAGGCGUUGCUGUUCGAGUUUGUGGAUGGCGAUCUGAAGCGGGAGGUUCAGAAUCCUAAAACGGGGGAGGGGAUGAAGCCGGUGCGGAGGAUGAAGGACGAGGAUCUGAAGAUGCCGGUUUAUAGCCAGAAGCAGAUGCUUGCGCUGAUCGAUAAGCGGAACAAGAAGUUCACGGAUGCGAUUGAUGCGUUCUUGGUGCGGUGCGAGGACGAAAGCGUCGAUCCAGUCGAGAGACUGGAAAGCGAGAAAGACGCUUGGAUCCCGGUGCCGCCUGAUGAUGUCGAGAAGAAUGAGGAAAAGGUGGUGAAACCGCCGAGGGAGAUCCCCAAAGAGCGCAAGUCAAUGUCUGAGAUCAUCGCUGAGAUCCGGGAAAUGGACUGGUAUACGGCGCAGAUCGUGCCGGAAGGUCACCGCGUGUUUGACGCCCAGCCUGCUGUCUACGGAGAGCUGACAUUUCAGCUAUCGCAGAACAUGGUCAAUGCCUUGUAUAACACCAAGGGUAUUACGCAGUUCUACUCUCACCAGGCUGAGGCCAUCAAUCAUCUUUACGAGGGGCAUAAUGUCAUUGUCUCUACCUCGACGAGCUCGGGAAAGUCGUUAAUCUACCAAGUCCCGAUGUUGCAUGAAUUGGAACAUGAUCAUGCUAGCCGCGGCCUGUACAUAUUUCCUACCAAGGCCCUGGCGCAGGACCAGAGACGCAGUAUGACUGAGCUCCUACAGUUCAUGGAUGGGCUCGAGCAUACGAUGGUCGAGACGUUUGACGGAGACACGCCAAUGGAGUACCGAAAUGGCAUUCGCGACGAGGCGCGGAUCAUCUUCACCAACCCAGACAUGCUUCACAUCACGAUCUUGCCACAGGAGAACGCCUGGCGCACAUUCCUCCAGAACCUGAAGUUCGUCGUGGUGGAUGAGCUGCAUGUCUACAACGGUCUUUUCGGAUCGCACGUCGCGUUCAUCAUGCGGCGACUUCGCAGAAUCUGCGCCGCUGUUGGUAAUCGCCACGUCCGCUUCAUCUCGUGCUCCGCCACGGUUGCCAACCCGGAGGAGCACAUGAAAGCCAUCUUCGGCCUCGACGACGUUAAACUGAUCGACUUUGACGGCUCCCCUUCCGGCCGCAAAGAGUUCAUCUGCUGGAACACUCCUUUCAAAGACCCCAAAGACCCCACCUCUGGACGCGGAGACAGCGUCGCUGAGACGGCCCGGCUGUUUUGCCAGCUAAUCCUCCGAGGAGCGCGAGUGAUCGCGUUCUGCCGCAUCCGAAAGCUGUGUGAGGUGCUCCUCCAGGCCGUCCGGAACGAGUUUCAAGCCCUCGACCGCGCAGAGGUCGGCAAGAUGGUCAUGGGCUACCGAGGUGGGUACAGUCCGCAGGAUCGGCGGCGCAUCGAACAGGAGAUGUUCGAGGGCCGGUUGAUGGGCAUCGUGGCUACCAACGCCCUGGAACUGGGCGUCGACAUCGGCUCCCUCGACGCCGUCGUCACCAUGGGCUUCCCGUACUCGAUCUCCAACCUCCGCCAGCAGAGCGGCCGCGCCGGCCGCCGCAACAAGGACUCCCUCUCCGUGCUCGUCGGCGACCGCUACCCGACCGACCAGUACUACAUGAAGAACCCCGAGGAGCUGUUCACGCGGCCCAACUGUGAGCUGCAGGUCGACCUGGCGAACGAGCUCGUGCUCGAGGGCCACAUCCAGUGCGCGGCGUUCGAGAUGCCGAUCCGGCCCGACGCCGACGGCGAGUACUUUGGCGCGCAGCUCGGCGAGUUCGCGGCCACGCGGCUCGUCCGCGACGCGCUGGGCUACUACCACUGCCACGAGCGGUUCCGGCCGCAGCCGGCACGGUGCGUGGCGAUCCGCGACACGGAGGACCAGCACUUUGCGGUGGUGGACACGACGCACGGGCGCAACGCGGUGCUGGAGGAAGUCGAGGCGUCGCGCGCUUUCUUCACCAUCUACGAGGGCGGCAUCUUCCUGCACCAGGGCCAGACGUACCUGGUGCAGGAACUGAGCCCGGAGCGGCGGGUCGCGCGGGUCGUGCGCGUCCAUGUCGACUGGAACACCAUGCAGCGCGACUACACGGACAUCGACCCGGUCGAGACGGAGACCAUGCGCGCCAUCACGCCGGCCACGCGCGCCUUCUACGGCGCCAUCCGCAUCCACGCCGUCGUCUACGGCUUCUUCAAGAUCGACAAGCGCGGCCGCGUCCUCGACGCCGUCGCCGUCGACAAUCCGCCCAUCGACAUCCUCUCCAAGGGCAUGUGGCUGGACGUGCCCAAGUCCGCCCUCGACAUCCUCGCCUCGCGCCGCCUCAACAUCGCCGCCGCCAUCCACGCCGCCGAGCACGCCGUGCUGUCCCUCCUGCCGACCUUCGUCAUCUCCUCGCCCGGCGACGUCCGCACUGAGUGCAAGGUCGCCAAGAAGGAGCUAGGCCGCAACCUGCGCCUCGCCGUUGAGCAUCAGCAGCAGAACCAGGAGGGAAAUCCCGCCUCCCUCCGUGAGAAGGUGCGCCGGCUGAAGCCGCCGUCGCGCCAGCGGCCCGCCCGGUUGACCUUUUACGAUGCAAAGGGCGGCGCGAGCGGGUCCGGGAUCGCCGGGAAAGCGUUCGAGUUUGUCGACCUGCUCCUGCGCCGGGCGGUGGCCCGCAUCGAGGCGUGUCAGUGUGUCACCCCGAAGGGGUGUGUGGAGUGUGUCUGCGACGAGCGGUGCAAGGAGAUGAACGAGGUCAUGAGUAAGGCGGGGGCGUCCGUGGUGCUGCGGUGUCUUUUGGGCUGGGAUGUGGAUGUGGAUGCUUUACCGUGGGGCGAAGAGGUCGACGGAGAGGAGGGAUUCGGUGAAUUGGCGGGUGGGCUUGAAACGGUGGUCCCGGCGACAGAAGUACCGUUUCGUUCAUGUCCGUAG